GGCGCCACGGCUCAGGUUAUAUACACAUACACACACACACACACACACACACACGUACGUGAUCAACUCGGUGUAGAUAUAAAAUCUGCAGUGAUUACAGGCUGGUUAUAGAGCUGAUCUGUGCCUCAGAAUCAGAAAGAGGAGAGACUACAACAGGAGCAGAAUGUCGGUGGAGGUGGAGAGAAAAUUUGUGUGCGAGUCUGAUAUCCAGGACAAACUGAAGAAUAUCGGAGCUGUGUGUAUUGGUCAGUCCGAGUUUAAAGACCGAUAUUACGAUUCGCCUGACUAUACCUUAACACUGAGGGAUUUCUGGCUGCGGAAGCGAGAGGAAUCUUGGGAGCUGAAAUGUCCGGCAUUUUCAAGGACGGACGUGGAGAAGAUAGAUGAGGCACUGUGUACCAAGUACAGAGAGGUUACAGAUCUGAAGAAGAUUCAGGCUGUAGUGAAGACAGUAUGUUCUGGAGCUGUUGAAGGCUCCUUAGACGUCUCAGAACAGAAGAUGACAGAUAAUUACAACAAGAAUGAAACGUGGCUGAAGGAUUUGAUGCUGGUAUGUUUUGCUGAAUAUACAACCCAAAGAUGUUCGUAUGUGUUUGAGGAGGAUGGAGGGGAUGGAAAAGUUCGAGUGGAUCUUGAUCAGGCUGAUUUUGGAUACUGUGUAGGAGAAAUAGAAGUUUUAGUCUCAGAAGGAGGCGACAUGCAGUCUGCACAACAUAGAAUUCAAAAGAUGGCUGAAAAAUUAGGUCUUGGUGGUGAGAAAAGGAUUCAGGGGAAAAUGGACGUGUAUCUCCAGCGAUAUUGCCCAGACCACUACGCCAAGCUUAUUAAAGCUCACAUCUUAUGAUGAAAGAUAGUUGUUGGUGUCCAAAGACCUUGUAUCUGCAUAUUUUAAAUGUAGCAAUAGACCUUCACUAAAAGUAAAUGUUUGGGCACUUUUGUACUAGGUGCAACUAGUGUAAAUGACAUUAGCCAACAAUACACACUUAUGAAAAAUAAUAAGCCUAGUCUUUAACUACAAAGCAUUUUGAAUGGAGAUUGAAAAUAGAAUAGAAGAAAUAGUCUAUGACUAGGCUUAACCCAUAUCUGCCUUUUUGUGUUAUACUUCUCUAUUACCAGCUAACUUUGUGGAUAUUAAUCUAUCCAUUUAGGAAUCAAUAUCACCUGCUUUUAUGCUAAUGAAAGUAACAACAGGUGACUUGGAGAGCAAGAGAAAAAUGAAUCAAAAGGGAACGGUUUUACAGGUGCUGGGUAGAGACAAUUACAAUCUAAUUGGUUUUAAUGACAACCGUGUUCACAACAUUAUAAUUUCCUGACAUUUUUUUUGCUAAUAUAGGAUAGAAUAUCAAAUAUACAUGCAUAUAGGCUUUGAUAUACUGUAU